AUGAAUUGGGCAGACGAGACUGAAAACGAAGAACUCGAGAGAGAGAGACUUCGUGAGAUCGAAAGGGAGAAUGCACCUGCUCAACAAGCUACUGAGCCAUCAGUAGAUGAUCAACAAACAGCACCCGCUCAACAACAAGACGGUGAUCAAAGAAGAUCAUCUGAACGUGACGAACGUGAUAACAACAGCAACAACAACUAUCGUAGUGGUGGCUAUGAAAAGAACUAUAACAGACAAGACGGCGGUUACAACAGAGGUGGUUACAACAAUAACAGAUACAACAACAAUGACAACCGUAGACAAGAUGGUGGUGGUUACAACAACAAUAGAUACAACAACAAUGACAAUCGUAGUGGUGGUAACUAUGACAACCGUAGACAAGAUGGUGGUGGUUACAACAACAACAGAUACAACAACAAUGACAAUCGUAGACAAGAUGGUGGUGGUUACAAUAACAACAACAACAACAACAAUAGAUACCCAAGACGUGACAACUUUGACAAUCAACCAAAAUAUGUUGUCAUUCUCACUGGAUUCGAGACUGAACCAACCAAAGACCAAAUCUUUGAUUUCAUUUCCAACAGUGAAAAGGUCGGUCAAAUCGAAGUAUCGAAUAUGGAAUUCACCCAAACUUCUGUUAGCAUCGCAUUAAAGAAUGUCGAAUCCUAUCAAGCUUUGUUAGAAAUUGAUGGAGAGAUUUUCGAGGGCAAAACAAUCUCUGCCAAGGGUCAAAGCACCAAUAGAUUCGCUGAGUACAAGCCACCAAGAUACAACAACAACAAUCAACAACAACAAUCAUCACACCCACAACACGCUCCAUUUGGCCAACCACCAUCGCACGAGAGAAAGUCAAAUCCAUUUGGCAAUGCUACUCCAGUAGACACGGACAAAAUUAACAGAGACAAAGAGGACAAGCCCCAAACAUCCCAACCAUCUCAACCACAACAACCACAAGUUGAGGAGCAAAAAACUACCGAACCAUACAGACCCAAACAACAAGGACAACAAGGAGGAUUCAGAAAAUCAAAUGAUACUUUCAACAACAACAGAGGUGGAGAUGUUCAAAGAAACGAUAAGCCAUUCAACAAUAAUCGUAAGGACUUUGGUGCCAACAAGAACAACACCCCAAGCAAGGGAGGUUUUGACAACAUGAAGCCAAAGAAGCCACAAAUGGACCAAGAUGGUUGGACAACUACCAGCGGUAAAAAAGAAGCUGGAACUCCAGGAAAAAUUGCCCAAGCUCCAGUUCCCAAAAAGGAUACUCCAAACAACAAAUUUGCUUCUUUGAUGGAAGAAGACGAUUAA